CUGGCUGAGGAUGAUUUUACGAUGCCGACCAUUUCCCCAAGCACAUUUUGUCGCCACAGCGUAGCAGAGACACGGUCAGUCAAGUAAAAAAAGAAACGCACGUAACCAGGCAGAUAUCAAACACAGAAAAAACGGAGAGGUUCCCAGGAAAGGAAACAGCGCUGCCCCAUUGUAAUAUCUCCGAACAUCAGUGGAAUUGGGCUGAAAUCUCCAGGACAAGUGCGUUUGAAAUUCAAGAUCUGGAGCCCUCCUUCACUGAACGCACGCGGGCCAAAGAGAAUCUGAUAUUUGUUAAAAGAUGGAGCCUGCUGAGUCAGAGAUGAACAUAUUAUCCAAUGGAAAAUCCCAUGAUCUUGGAGAUGACAUGGGUGUGCCAAUGAAGACGUUGUUAGCAGAAGAUCAAAAUGGUACAGAAACUCUCAGGUUUGAUGACCCUGAAGGUGCGCUUGAGAGCGAGGAGUUCUUACCCAACACACAUGGGAAGAAACCCACACGUUUCACAGAUUUUGAAGGAAAGACCUCCUUCGGGAUGUCGGUCUUCAACCUUGGCAAUGCGAUCAUGGGCAGUGGCAUCCUAGGAUUGGCUUACGCCAUGGCCAACACUGGCAUACUUCUCUUCUUGUUUCUUCUGACUGGAGUUGCAGCCUUGUCAUUAUACUCCAUCCAUCUGCUGCUCAAAUCUUCUGGCAUCGUGGGUAUUCGUUCUUAUGAACAGCUGGGCUACAGGGCCUUUGGUACUCCUGGAAAAAUGGCUGCUGGCAUCGCAAUCACCCUGCAGAACAUUGGAGCUAUGUCCAGCUACCUGUACAUUGUCAAAUCAGAGCUGCCGCUGGUCAUCCAGGCUUUCCUGAAGGCGGACCCCAACUCUGAUCUGUGGUACUUGAAUGGAAACUACCUGGUCAUCAUGGUCUCUACCAGUGUCAUCCUGCCCCUAGCUCUGAUGAAACAGCUCGGUUACCUUGGUUACGCAAGCGGCUUUUCUCUCAGCUGCAUGGUGUUCUUUCUGUCUGCUGUUAUCUAUAAGAAGUUUCAGAUCCCUUGCCCGUUUGAGGAGUUCUCAGCCAACAGCACCGCUGCACACCUCGACCUGAAUGACUCCAACCUGGUCCAUGACUACAGCGACGGCUUGCCACAUGAAGACAAGGACUCGCAUUGCAACCCACGCAUGUUCACAAUCAACUCACAGACGGCGUACACAAUCCCGAUCUUGGCUUUUGCCUUCGUUUGCCACCCUGAGGUUUUGCCCAUCUACACCGAGCUACGCAAUCCGUCAAAGAAAAAGAUGCAAAAGGUUUCCAACAUCUCCAUCCUUCUCAUGUACACCAUGUACUUUCUGGCUGCUCUCUUUGGCUACCUGACUUUUUAUGGUAAGGUGGAGCCGGAGCUGUUGCACACGUACAGCCGCAUCGAUCCCUAUGACGUUUUGAUCCUGUGUGUCCGAGUGGCUGUCCUCACCGCUGUGACGCUGACCGUGCCAAUUGUGUUGUUCCCUGUGCGCAGAGCCAUCCAGGAGAUGUUAUUUCCCAGCAAGUCUUUCAACUGGUUACGUCAUGUCGGCAUCGCCUUCGUUCUGCUCGCCUUCAUCAACAUGCUGGUGAUAUUUGCUCCCAACAUUCUGGGCAUCUUUGGCAUCAUUGGUGCCACAUCAGCUCCCUGCCUCAUUUUCAUUUUCCCCGCUGUCUUCUACAUCCGCAUCGUUCCCAAAGAGGACGAACCCAUGACCUCCACUUCAAAAAUACUGGCUUCGUGUUUUGCUGCUCUGGGAGUCUUCUUCAUGGUGAUGAGUCUGAGCUUCAUUAUCAUCGACUGGACGUCAGGGAGCGGCCUGGCUGCUGGAGCUCACUAACAGCUGCUUCAGUUUGUGUGUGCAGUGUUUGGAAAAGGGUUGUUCGGUAUGUUCGUUAGAAAGGGAGUGCUCACACGUCACCGGCUGUCCAGCACAGAGUCUGGGUCUGCCACGAUUCAAAAUACACACAAUAAUAAAUGCUACGUUGGAAGGCAGAUACCCGAACAAAAAUCUUCUAUUUGCUGCAAUUUCUAAUUUAUUUAUUUUUUAUAUUACAGAGAGUUUUCUAAUACAGUUUGUUAAAAUUACACCACAAAAUCAACCCGGGAGGAUGAAAUGGUUGUCUCCUGCUUCUAAGGCUUUGCUUUCACGCUAAUAACUGCAGCUGGUUCUGUGUAGGUAAAUAAAAACAAAAGCUAUUUUAAAUGUUCUAAAUGAGACGCACAAAGAGAAGCGGUCAGGUAGAACCAGAAUCAGUAUGAACUGCUCAUCAUCAUCAUGUGGAAUAAGUCUUUGAAGUGCUCUAAGACUUUUGAAGUGACAUGACAUUUUUACUUUACUGUAAGGUUUCCAAAUGAAUUAAAACUGCUGUGCCUUUUAUCAUUUGCAGUGGCACAAAAACAAAUAAAUAGUGUAUAUUUAUUUAGUUAACAAAUAUCUCCUUUCUGAUUUCAGAUGAUCUAUAUUUAACUGCUGUCUUUGAUUACGUCCAGAAAAUCAAUGCAUUACACUUUGUUUUCUUUUAUGGUGACAAAAACUGACAAUGUUUAUUAAUAAUUUAGACAUUUUAAACUUUCUCCUAUUACAUCUCUACCCCAAACAUACUGUGAUUUUCUAUCAUAAUCUUACAGUCGAUUACGCCGAUCCUGUUAGUUCAAUAGUAUGUUUUGGCAAUCUAUCCUAGGCAUCCCUGGUAAAGAGGUGCAAACAGACUUGAAAUAAUUUUCUAUCAUAAAAAAAUAACACAAAUCUGAUUGACUUGAUUUACAUGUUUGUUUUUUCCUCCCCAUAUGGAAGAGUAACUGGUACAAACAUGGCCUCUGUGUCAUACUCCAGAGAAACAGGAAGAAAUUGAUUACAAAUGAAGCGUUACUUAAAAAUCUGAUCAAGAUUAAAAGUAAUAAUGUUGCUUAAUUUACAUUCAUUUUAGACGGGUUGAAAGUGAUAAAUGUUUUAAAAUACAAAUAACUACAUAAUCUGGUUUAUCCUCAUUUAAUAAACAUGAUCAAAUUCAUUUAUUUUUAUGUAUUUUUAUCGAUUCUACUAAAAAACAAUGAAUAUAAUUCUGAUUUUUUAUACAAAUAUUUAUCAGGACUGGAGUCAAUGGAGUCAAUAAACUACUGGUGCUAUUGUCUGAACAUUAACAUAAUCCAAAUUCACAAAAGUCCCUUUUCCAAUAACGUUCAAAUGGUCCAACAAAUACUCUAACUUUCUGUAUUAUCUAUCUAUCUAAACUCAUACUUCAGAGCAUUGUACAUAUCUUAGAGUAAUUUAACCAAACCUUACUGCAUGUUUAUACACCACAAAGUAAAAGUGCUGAUUUAAAUAGUGCCUGGUCUGCAGCAGAUACACUGACAAAGUGUCGUGCCUUUGUGACACAGCUGCAGAGUUUUUAAUGGUUCUGGUUUAACGAGCUUUUAAAGUGCUUGGAUCUGAAUUUACUGCCUUGCAUGAUGUAGUAAUGUACAUUUAGCAACUUUUAUUGCCUGUGCUGUAGAAUGAUUAAAACUCAAAAAACUGCUAUUGUUAUGAUGUUGCAAAAUGUACGUAUUUGACCAAAUACCUCCCGAAAUGGUUUUCAGAGAAACUCUGAACCCACAAUGGCAUGACUAAAUAUCCUAAAUACUAAAAUUCAGGUUUACAGAAAAGCUUCUAAUGGAUUACAAACCAAAAAUAUGUUACAGUGUUAACGAGGCGAGGUUUUAUCGUCCAUGUAUGUUAAAAUAUAACAUGUGUUUCCAAAGAGUUUUUAGUCCUUUACAUGUCAGUUUUUUUUAAUGGAAAGUUGUAUCAUGAAUCUUGUAAUAUAAAUAAUCUAUUUUGGAUAAAUAUAGCAGAUGAAGCUCUUACUUGCUCAGUAGUUUUUUAUUGAGAUAAAAGUUGAAUAAACAAGAUUCACAAGAAUACUAUUCACAAAUACAUAUUUUAAAGUCUUUAUUUCCGUUAGUCAUGAUGGUUCCACUGAUGGCUAAUGAAAAUAUUAAAGUUAAGAUUAGAAUAUUAUCUAUAAAAGAUCAAUAAAAAACAUUUUAAUACAGAAAUGUAGGCUUUAUGAGAGGUAUGUUUAAUGCAUGCUGGAAGGUUGUUUUCAAAAGGUACUUUUAAUCUGACAAACAAAUAUGACUGAAUAAGACACUAACUGUCUCUACACAGACUUUUGAAACUGAUUCACACAGCUUUUCUUAUGUGCCUCUCUUAACAGGAUGUCUAUUUUUUGCCUUUCCUGUAGAUGUUAUGAUGCAAUUGCCUUUUAGCAUUGUCCUGUUUUAACAUUUUAUUAGUCCGCUGUGCCAUCAAUAACAACAGACUACCUACUGUAUUGAAAUGCCUUUAAAUUAGUUUCACCGUUUCAGCUCUAGUCUGUGUUGUAGUAAAAAUCCUUUGUAUGUAAACCACUUUGUGUGAGAUGUUAUGCUUCAGCAUGAUAAACAAAUCAACAAGGCAGAACUUUAUAUAAAUAAUGUAUAUAGAUGUAAACAUUUUAUAUUUGUGAUGCUUAUUUACAGUAGCUUGUAAAGUGUAAAUAGUUGGGACAGUUUUUAGUUAGGAAAAAAAUAAAAUAAUUGUACAUGUUUUUA